CUCGUGGUAAGUUUCUCGGUCUCGUCCUGCUUUCGAUGGCACUGGAGAACGCGCUGAAACGCUACAUUGGCCAGAAAAGUAAGAAAAGCUGAAACACCCAAAGCCCGUAAACGAUGGCCACAGACUCCAAAUCGCCUACCGUCGAUAAAAGCGACGUCACAGCGCGUUUACCAAAGCCAUCCAAUUUGGGAGACGUCGUGACUGACCGCACCAAAGUUUUGACCGACGUCGAACGGGGUCAGCUAGAGGAGCAGAACAAGCGCAUGGUGACGCCAUUUCAGGCGCAAAAGCUCGAACACGAGGCCCGCAAACACUGGGAUUUGUUUUACAAGCGCAACGAUACGCGAUUUUUCAAAGACCGUCACUGGACCACGCGUGAGUUUAGCGAGCUGCUGUCGGAGAACCCCGCCGUUCCUGGCACAUUAGCCGAUGGCACGCGAAGAAAUGAUGCCGAAAACCAGCAGAAAACACUCUUGGAAGUGGGCUGCGGUGUGGGUAACCUUAUCUUUCCGCUGAUCGAGGAUGGCCACCGAGAUUACUUCAUCUAUGCGUGUGAUCUGUCACCACGUGCAGUGGAACUGGUACGGAAACAUAACCUCUAUGACGAGCGUUACAUGAGGGCGUUUCCCUGCGACAUCACGACACCGGAAGUGUUCGGCACGGUCACUGAACAUUCACUCGACAUAGUAACGCUCAUCUUUGUCCUUUCGGCGAUCCAUCCGGAAAAGUUACCCGCAGUGGUGGCCAACAUAUUUCGGUUGAUCAAACCGGGCGGUAUGGUACUUUUCCGUGAUUACGGGCGGUACGAUAUGGCACAGUUACGGUUCAAAGCGGGCCACAAAAUCGGGGAGAAUUUCUACGUGCGCCAGGACGGGACUCGAAGCUACUAUUUUGCUGAGGAUGAAGUGGCCACACUGUUUCGACAAGCCGGCUUUGCGGUGCUGCUAAACAGCUACAUCCAUCGACGUACGAUUAACGCAAAGGAAAACAUCGAUGUGCCGCGGAUUUUCGUCCAGGGAAAGUUCCAAAAACCACCGCAACCCGAAUGAGAAAACCGACGAGAGCCCUGGUUUGGUAGAGUGCUGCUGAGUCCUGCCACCUUCUAAGUCGAACUCUCCGUGCAUUGGUUCCGGAUGUUGGAAGCUCUUACCACACUACUGAUGCGCCUUUACCGGCGACAUAUUCUUUGCUGUUAAAAUUCUAAUCUUUACAUUACG